AACCCAAGACACUACUACUUUCCAAAUCUGUUGCCAAAGUUGAAUAAUAGCAUCUAGCUACAAAAAUUUCCCCAAUGGCUUCGAGUGGAAAAAUCCUUCCUCACCAAACCCAAGUGGUGGCUGUUCUCAUACCGUUCGCUGCACAAGGCCAUCUCAAUCAGCUUCUGCACCUCUCACGCCUAAUCUUAUCACACAACAUAGCAGUCCAUUAUGUAUGCACUGCCACAAACAUUCGCCAAGCCACACUUCGAGACAAAAACUCCAUUUCCAACAUUCAUUUCCAUGGCUUCGAAGUUCCACCCUUUGCUUCUCCUCCUCCCAACCCCAACAAUGAAGAAACUGAUUUCCCAUCUCAUCUAAUUCCUUCCUUUGAGGCCUCUUCGCAUCUUCGCGAGCCUGUGAGGAAUCUUCUUCAGUCCCUCUCAUCUCAAGCCAAAAGGGUCAUUGUCAUCCAUGAUGCCGCAAUGGCAUCGGUGGCACAAGAUGCCACAAACAUGCCAAAUGUUGAGAAUUACACUUUUCAAAUCACGUGUGCCUUUACCACCUUCGUGUAUCUUUGGGAUAAAAUGGGAAGGCCCUCGGUUGAAGGCUUGCAUGUACCAGAAAUUCCUUCCAUGGAAGGAUGCUUCACACCCCAAUUCAUGGAUUUCAUUAUUGCACAGAGAGAUUUCGACAAAUUUAGUGAUGGAUACAUCUACAACACAAGCAGGGCAAUUGAAGGUUCUUACAUUGAGUCGAUGGAGCGCAUCAGUGGUGGCAAGAAGAUUUGGGCACUGGGACCAUUCAACCCUUUAGCCAUUGAGAAGAAAGAAUCAAAAGGAAGACACUUAUGCAUGGAAUGGCUUGACAAACAAGAUCCAAAUUCAGUCAUAUAUGUGUCUUUUGGGACCACAACAAGCUUUAAAGAGGAUCAAAUUGAACAGAUUGCAACUGGGUUGGAACAAAGCAAGCAGAAGUUCAUAUGGGUGCUGAGAGAUGCUGAUAAAGGAGACAUCUUUGAUGGAAAUGAAACAAAAAGGUAUGAGCUUCCAAAUGGGUUUGAGGAGAGGAUUAAAGGCAUAGGGCUAAUUGUGAGAGAUUGGGCACCCCAAUUGGAAAUUCUGAGCCACACUUCAACAGGGGGGUUUAUGAGUCAUUGUGGAUGGAACUCCUGCUUAGAGAGCAUAACCAUGGGGGUGCCAAUAGCAUCAUGGCCUAUGCACUCUGACCAGCCAAGAAACACUGUUUUGAUAACACAGGUGCUCAAGGUUGGUUUGGUUGUGAAGGAUUGGGCACAAAGGAAUGCAUUGGUGACUGCGUCAGUUGUUGAGAAGGUUGUCAGAAGGUUGAUUGAAACAGAGGAAGGUGAUGAGAUACGACAGAGAGCAGUGAGGCUUAAAAAUGCCAUCCAUAGGUCCAAAGAUGAAGGUGGAGUUUCUCACCUGGAAAUGGAGUCUUUCAUAGCUCAUAUCACUAAUUAGUUUUAUCAAUUGAUAUGGCUGUGGAUGCUAGUCGAAUAUGAAAGCAUUUAACAGUCCAUGAGGUUAAUGCAAAAUAGGUUUGGCAUGAAAAUACCCACCUUUCUGUUUCUUCAUGGCAAAAUUUCCGUGAUAAAUAUGUAUGCUAAUGCAGGAGGUUACUGAAACAAAAGGGAUCGAGAAGUGGAGAUUUUGUUUGAUCCUGAUAGCUUUUUGGUUAUUUAUUAUUUUUAAUAUAUCUGUUUGUUUUACUGAUAAAAAAAAUUGUUAAACCUUUUUCCAAAAUUCUUAUCCAUAUAUUUCAGAACAAUCUUUCUUUGGUGCGAAUAAUUGUAUCGACUUGCAAAUUAAAGUUAUGAAUUUUUAUAUACGAUCUAA